CGGGAGCGCGGCGGCGGGGGACAGGGGGAAUGGCGGCGUCCGCGCAGCUCCACGUGAGAAUGGCUUGAGCGGGACCGGGCCGGGAGCGGGACCCCCAUGCGGGUUGGCUGCGGCACGGUCGGGCGCUGGCGGGAUGGCGGUGGUGGCGCUGCGGCCCUGCAGGGCCUCCGGGCGCCUCCUGCCGCUGCUGUGCGGGGGGACGCGGAGCAAGGCGGCCUCCCUCAGCCCCGGGGCGCCCGGCCGCCUCACCCAGCGGCGGUACAAGAAGGAUGUGCUGCCCUCCCCAGAGGGACGCGUGCCCGCCGUCUCCAUCACCGAGAUCCGGCAGUACCUGCGCACCCAGGGCAUCCCCUUCCACGACGGGUACAGCUGCCUGCACACCCCCAGCCUCUUCACGGAGGGUCAAAAGGAGCAGCCGCCGGCCGCCGGCGCCCCGUACACCCUUUUCAUUGACAAGAUGACGGGCAGCUUCCUGUGCACGGCCACCCUGGCCGAGGGCACCUGGCAGGACUUCCAGGCCAAUGUGGAGCUGCAUCACCGUGGGGUUCCCCCCGCCAGCUCAGAGGAGCCAGAGGAGGACGACCGACGGGCUCUUGAGGAUGCCCGCUGCAUCUGGGACCGGGCACUGCCUCUCUGGGAGCUGCUGGACGAGGAGGAGACCAGCAAGACCAAGGCCAUGUUUGGCAUCUCCCUGGUGUCAAACGCCACCCUAAAACGCUUUGGGGUGCGUUACCUGAGGACCGCCAAGUCCCUUGUCUUCCCCUGGUUCAGCCCUCGUGAUGCAAGCCUGAAGGGGCUGAAGCUCAUGCGGGCAGAGAAGAAGGAGGAUGCAACAGUGUACAUGGAAGAGACUUUGCCCCGCUUAGAUUCCUACCACAAUCUUUUUGGGCUGCCCCUGAUUGGCCGCCGAGACACAGAGCUGGUCUUAACUGGGUGGGAGCUGGAUGCCUUGGCCCUGCACCAAGCUGCAGGGGUGGCCAGUGUGGCCUUGCCACGAGGGGCCACCUGUCUGCCCCCUGCCCUCCUCCCCUACCUGGAGCAGUUCAAGCGCAUCACGUUGUGGCUGGGAGAGGACCUGCGCUCCUGGGAAGCUGCCAAGCUCUUUGCUCGCAAGCUGAACCUCAAGCGCUGCUCCCUGGUGCGCCCCGGAGACCUGCAGCCCCGGCCCUUGGACGCUCUGAACCAGGGCCUCAACCUCACCAAGAUCCUGCGUGCUGCCCUGCCUGCCAGCCACAAAUCCAUUGUCUCUUUCCGGCAGCUGCGCGAGGAGGUGUUUGGGGAGCUGGUCAACACCGAGCAGGUGGCUGGCAUCAAGUGGGCACGCUUCCCCGAGCUCAACAAGCUCCUCAAAGGGCAUCGCAGGGGGGAGCUCACUGUUUUCACAGGCCCGACAGGCAGUGGGAAGACGACCUUUAUCAGCGAGUAUGCACUGGACCUGUGCAUGCAGGGUGUGUGCACACUGUGGGGCAGCUUCGAGAUCAGCAACAUCCGCCUGGCCAAGAUCAUGCUGACACAGUUUGCUGCCCAGCGCCUGGAGGAGCGGCUGGAGCUGUACGAUGAGUGGGCUGACCGUUUUGAGGACCUCCCGCUCUACUUCAUGACCUUCCGUGGCCAGCAGAACAUCAAGACAGUGAUUGACACCAUGCAGCACGCUGUCUACAUGUACGACAUCACCCAUGUGGUCGUUGACAACCUCCAGUUCAUGAUGGGGCACGAGCACCUCUCUUCGGACAGGCUCGCUGCCCAGGACUACAUUGUUGGUGCCUUCCGCAAAUUUGCCACAGACAACACCUGCCACAUCACACUGGUCAUCCAUCCUCGCAAGGAAGAUGAUGAGAAGGAACUGCAGACGGCUUCCAUCUUUGGCUCUGCAAAGGCUAGCCAGGAGGCUGACAAUGUCCUCAUCCUGCAGGACCGUAAGCUGAUGACGGGGCCAGGGAAACGAUACCUGCAGGUGUCCAAGAACCGCUUUGAUGGGGAUGUGGGCAUCUUCCCCUUGGAGUUCAACAAGGCCUCACUCUCCUUCUCAUCCUUUGGCAAAAGCAAGGUCAAGGUGAAGAAGAUGAAGGAGGAGAAGGCGCUGUUAGCCAAGAAAGUUCCGGAGGGAGGCUCAGGAGCCUCCAAGAAACUUUGAGCCUGGCAGGUCUCUUUCUCAAUCUGUCAGGUACAGGGACUGGUGCUGAGAGCACAGGGCUGGGGUACACCAGACCCCCUCCCCUGGGAGCAGCAGCCACACACCGCUGUGGCCUUUUUUCUGCACAAACAAACCUCAUGGCCACCAGCAUGAUGUUUCUGAGAUGUGGGGCCACCAUGAAAGGAGGAGUGGGCUUAUUCCAGGGAAGAGCAGCCAGGGGAGGGUGACUUGGACAAUGUGGGACACUCCAUACUGGUGCUGGGAGCAUGGAAAAGGAGUGGAGUCAGCUGAGAGCAGGUCUGGAAGAUGGAGGUCAGUGACCUGCACCUCAGGACCUUCUCUGGACCUGGUACUUGGGGAGAUUGCAGCUAUAGUGGAGCCAAGAUCCUGGGCUGUCACCGGUGGAAAGGACUGUAGGGGAUGGAUGUUGGGUGGGGGUCUAUGGGACAGCACCAGCGUGGGGGAAGGUUUGGAGGGAAGAGUGGGAGGUUGUGGGGGGCUGUAGCUCCAAAGCUGUGUAGUAUCUGUUGGAUGUUGGGGGUGGAAGCUCCGCAUGGUGGGAGCUAUGGGUGAAGGCAGUGCUGACUUCGGGGUCUCCCCUGGCUCACAUCUGCGGGGACAUCACCAGCAGCCCAGCCUGGCUCUCCUGGGCUGGGGGAUGGCCAUCCCGCUGCCCUCUGGGCUGCAGGCAGCAAAUACUGUGACCUGGCCAGUUCUUGCCGUGGUGGGACAGGUCCAUGGCCAGAUCUUGCUCUGAUCCCUUUGUUUUUUUUUUUUCUUCCCUUUCUUAGUUUUAUUAAAGCACAAAGGUGAGUGCC